AUGAUCUCGGUAAAAAAGGUGCUGGGUCUACAAGAUUCCUACAUCCCCGAGGAUACACAAGCCCAUCAUGGUUCGGACCCGACCGUGCUGGACUGGUUGAAUGAUGGAAUCCCAUCCGUUCACCAGGCUCUGCAAUGUCUGACCCGACUAUUUCCUUUCUUGAAAUGGAUUCAGCAUUAUAAUUUGCAAUGGUUCAUCGGAGACUUGGUUGCAGGUGCGACUGUGGGCGCGGUCGUUAUUCCCCAGAGUAUGGGCUAUGCUAGAUUGGCCGGUCUUCCCGUAGAGUACGGCCUUUACACCUCAUUCAUGGGCGGCGUUGUCUAUUGGUUCUUUGCAACCUCCAAGGAUAUCACGAUCGGGCCAGUUGCCGUCAUGUCGACAGUUGUCGGCACGAUCAUCACCGAUCUGCAGCAACUCUACCCCAGCAUUCCCGGUCCGCAAAUUGCGCUGUCUAUAACGGUGAUCUGCGGCAGCAUCAUCACAUUCAUGGGCCUGGCGCGAAUAGGAUUUCUAGUUGAUUUCAUUCCUCUUCCAUCCAUUACUUCCUUUAUGACGGGCUCGGCCAUUACGAUUGGCGCUGGGCAAGUGAAGACCUUGCUCGGCCAGACGGCGGAUUACAGCACCCGAGCGCCUGCAUACCAAAUUAUCAUCGACACCUUGAAAAACCUCCCAUCAUCUCAGAGAUACGAUGCAGCCAUGGGGGUGUCCGCCCUUGUCACUCUAUAUACGAUACGAACUGCUUGCAACUAUGCCGCCGGAAGAUUCCCGCACCGAUCCAAGCUCUUCUUCUUUCUUCCUGCUCUGCGUUCGGCGUUCGUGAUUCUCUUCUUUACAAUGAUAAGUGCGGCUGUCAACCUUCAUCGCCGAGAGAACCCUGCCUUUGCUAUUGUCGGACACGUUCCUCGAGGCUUCCAGCACGCUGGCGUGCCCAAUGUGACUGGGGAGGUCAUCAAAACCUUCGCAGCAAAGCUUCCCGCCUGUGUGAUCGUGUUACUCCUGGAGCAUAUUGCAAUCUCCAAAUCCUUUGGCCGUCUCAACAACUAUACUAUUGACCCGUCUCAGGAGCUCAUUGCCAUUGGUAUCACCAAUCUUCUUGGCCCAUUCUUGGGAGCAUACUCCGCCACGGGUGCCUUUUGUCGCUCAGCAAUCCAGUCCAAAUCCGGGGUUCGGACCCCCCUGGCGGGCGUCAUCACGGCCACCGUCGUCUUGAUUGCCAUUUAUGCGUUGACCGCCGUGGUUUUCUAUAUCCCUUUGGCGUCCUUGUCCAGUGUGAUCUUUCAUGCUGUCGGCGAUUUAAUUGUUGCCCCGAACACGAUCUACCAAUUCUGGCUAAUUGCGCCCCUGGAUGCGGUUGUCUUCGCAGUCGGACUGGUGGUUGCCAUCACAAACACAAUUCCCAACAGUAUAUACGCGACUGCUUGUUUGUCGAUCGCCGUCUUACUGUUCCGCCACGCCAAAGCCCCAGGCAGUCUCCUUGGCCGGACAUGGAUCGGUGGUCAAUUUACUCAGCGGCCGUUAUUCCUACCACUCAAUGAUGCUGGGGAUGGGUAUUUGGGAGUCGAGCUAGAACGGCCACGGCCGGGUGUCUUCAUAUAUCGUUUUUCAGAGGGCUUCAACUACUUAAACGCGGGCCAUUACCUGGAUCCCUUGGUCCAGACCAUAUCCAGGUGUACUCGGCGGACCAAUGCGCAAGCAUAUUCUCAGAAAGGCGAUCGGCCAUGGAAUGAUCUCGCCCCGGAGAACCAAGGGCAUGCAUCGAACAGCUUAGGUCUACCAGUCCUUCGAGCAAUCAUUUUGGAUUUCUCAGCAGUCAACCACGUCGAUGUCACCAGCAUUCAGAAUCUAGUCGACAUACGCAGCCAGCUCAAUCAUCGCGCUGCGCCGCUCGAAGUGCAGUGGCAUUUUGCUCAUGUGAGAAACAGAUGGACCAAACGCGCUCUUGCGGCAUCCGGCUUUGGCUAUCCUUCCUGCCAUAAUGCGGAACCUCUUCCCGUCGACGAGUUGAAGGACUCAUCAAGGUCACACGGCCGGCAUACCCCUCUCGACGUUGAAGCAAACAAGGAGGAACCAUUGAACAAAGGGGAUGAGAAGUGGAUGAUUGGACCCGAAGCAAAUGUGUGCAAUGACACGCCUCGGUCUGUGGCAAUUGAAAGUGCGAGUCGACCAUUUUUCCACGCUGACUUGACAAGUGCACUGGAAAGCGUUGAUGCCUAUUUAGCUGCAAAUCCGGUGCCAUAA